AUGUCCUAUAGAAUCUCGGCCCCCGACGAAUACCUUGCCAUCACUGGCAUGGGCGUCGAGACCGUCAAGAUCACCAAAGCAGCAUGGAUUUGGCCCUUCCAGAGAUGCAUGCGCUUUAGCGUGCAACCUCAUGACUAUGCUAUGGACCUGCAGGCCAUGACCAAGGAGAAGCUUCAAUUCUCUCUGCCCGUCGUCUUCACAGUCGGUCCAGAUGUCAACCAGCGGGGGGCAAACACCCAACAUUAUGAGGCCGCGUCAGAGGAGGGAUCCGAGGGCGGUGCUGGCCGUCGUGAGGAUCGGGGGGACGCACUUAUGAAGUAUGCCAUGCUCCUGGCCGAUUCAGACACCAGUUCGAAGAACCCCCAGCAGCAGGUGCAUGUCGGGAACAUCGUCAAGGGCAUUAUUGAGGGUGAGACCCGUGUCCUCGUCUCCAGCAUGACGAUGGAGGAGAUCUUCACGGAGCGAGAGGUUUUCAAGAAACGCAUUUUCCGAAACAUUCAGGGUGAACUCGACCAGUUCGGUCUCAAGAUCUACAACGCCAACGUCAAAGAGCUCAAGGACGCUCCCAACUCCGUGUACUUCGAAUCGCUGGCCCGCAAGGCCCACGAAGGUGCCACCAACCAGGCCCGAAUCGAUGUAGCCGACGCCCAGCUGCGCGGUAACGUCGGAGAGGCCAAGCGCAAGGGUGAGCAGGACCGAGAGAUCGCCAAGAUCCACGCCGAGACGGCCGUCCAGAAGACCGAGCGUGAUGUCGAGCGCGCAAAGGCCGAGGCCCACCUCCAAACCCACCAGGUCCGGUUUAACCGUGACGUCGACCUCGAGCGCACCGCCGCCAAGCGUGCUCUCGAAGCCAAGGACGAGGACCUCCGAAAGGACGUCGAGAUCCGCCGUGCCAUUGCUGAGACCGAGCGUCUCCGUGCCAAGGACGUCGUCCGCGCCACCAUUGAGCGUGAGAGCAAGCAGCAGGCCGCCGACGCAGCCGCAUACGAGGUUGAAGCAGCAGCCAAGGCCGCGGCCGAGGGUAACCAGAAGCAGGCCGAUGGUGAAGCCUACGCUAUCCGCGCCAGGGCCGAGGCCGAGGCCUACGCCGCCCAGAAGCAGGCAGAGGCCGACUGCAUCCGCCGUUCCAAGGAGGCCGAGGGUAUCGCCGCCCUCGCCCAGGCCUACGGCCAGAUGGCCACUGCCUUUGGUGGCCCCGAGGGUCUGCUCAAAUGGGUCAUGGUCGAGAACGGCACCUACGUCGACCUGGCCAAGGCCAACGCCGAUGCUAUCCGUGGCAUGGCUCCCAAGAUCAGCGUCUGGAACACGGGCGCCAAUGGCGGCGCUGGCGGCAGCGGUCAGCAGGAUCCUGCCGAGACCAUGCGCGGCGUCUACCAGAUGCUGCCCCCUCUGAUGACCACCAUCCACGACCAGACUGGCAUCUCCCUGCCCGAGUGGCAGUUUGGACGCAUGGCUGCCGGCACUGACGCCGUCGCCAAGGAGGGCAAGUCAGUGCCCCAAUAA